UGGUCAUAAAAAUAAACACCGGUACUCUAGUCGCUGGUUAUUGCGAUUCGUAAACUGGAAUUCAGGAAAUCUUCAAAUAGCCCUACUUCACAUCCAAUACGAUAACAAUCUUGUCUGUCACGGAGAUAAACGUGGUUAUUGUGUAAAGGGUGUUUGUAUUAGAUAUUCUGCGGUUUUAGCAUGAUUUUUGUUUUUUUGUUAUAACGGUACAAGUUUAACUGAUGGUCGUUCAUCAUAAAAACCGGUUUAGUCUGGCUCUCAGUUGCGUCACGUCAAGUCGCGGUCGGCUUGUGAUUUUUUGAAUGAAUUCAUACGCGUCUCCAAAUUGAAAGAAGAAAGGAACUCCUAGGUGUUAGUUAUAGCAUUUUAUAGUGUACUAGAAAGAACAUUCAUUCAUGUUUGUACCAUGGUGACAACUUAUAAAUCUAAUCUAACGAAAGAGAGUAUGGAGAAGGCAAUGAUGGCGAACAGCGUUUGCGACUACGAGCGAGUGUGCAGCUUCGAGGAUAACGAAACAAUGAAGAAAAUGAUCAAGCCAAACGCCAUCGUCCAGAAAAUAACAAUUAUACAUAGAAUUUCAGAGAAGUCUAAAUUGCUUCUUUCAAAAUACUGGAACUGUCUGUGUGUAUUGGCAGCUGCGAUGCUUUUUGUUCCAAUCGCUGGUCUGGUUAUGAACUAUAAUCUCAUAUCACUUUGUUUCAAAGAUGAAUUCCAAAGCGAUUCUAUUGUAACAGGAUGGAUCGGCUCGGCUGCGAUUAGUCUCAUCGUGCUGUCAUCGCCGUUAUCAGCCUCACUCUUCGAUCGCUUCGGCUUUCGUCCAGUCAUAAUCGCCGGUCUUGUGUUCUGCGCAGUUGGUUGCAUAGCAACAUCGUUUGUUACCAAAUCUGCCUUUCUAUUUAUUUCCUAUAGUAUCUUAUUAGGCGUUGGCGCUAAUAUGGUACAAUUCACCUCAUACAACUUCUGCCUUAAUAUCUAUCGAAACGGGAAAUGUGCAAUGGCAACUGGAACAGUUAGCAUGGGUUCUGCUUUAGGUAUGGCGGUUUUUCCAACUAUAAUCGAAACGUUAAUUGAAAUUUUGGGAUGGCGUGGAGCAUUCCGCGUGAUGGGCGGUAUUAUCUUUGUCAACGGGCUAGUCUGCUGUAUAUUUCUUAGCUCCCCAUCGCAGACUUUCGAAACUGAAGACGAUACAGAAGUCAUCGAGAAGAAAAUAAACCCAGUGAAGGAGAUCAGCGUACCAAUAAGGAGGGAGAGUUUUGCUCAAAAAUCAGUGAGCAUGAUGAAAAACCUCAACUCGUGGCUGGUAUCUAUAGCUUUCCUAUUUUUAGGUAUAGCUAUAGUGUUCUUCUAUAUCGACCUGAUCGGAUUCAUACGUAGCGUUGGCUUUGAUGACGAUGAUGGCGCUCUCUUCCUAACCGUGAUGGGAGGAACUGAGCUCGGCGGUCGACUACUCUGCACAUUACUUGGAGAUCAUCUACCACUGUCGGUAUCGAGUACCUACGGGCUUGCUAGCCUUCUGGGUGCCGUGCCGCCUGUGGUCCUACCAUUCAUGGCCAACAACUUCGCCGGAGUGCUAAUGUGUAUUAUAGUUCUGAGCCUGGCGAGAUCCGUGAUCAACACGCUAUGGUACCCUCUAUGCGUAGAGUUUUUCCCGAUGUCGCAGGUUACUGUCGGAGGCACGUUCAUGAGUGUUAGCUUUGGCAUUGGAAAUCUUCUUGGAUCCGUUGUUGGAGGAAUGUUAGUAGAUGCGACUGGUACCUACAGCGCUACAUUCUAUUUGUGUGGCGGUCUUCACGUUGUGGUCACAAUUUUACUCAUGAUUGUGCGUCACCGAACCAGAAUUUCCAAACUCCGGCUAAGUGAAAAGCAACAUAACGUCAACUACUUAGGAAGCAUCAUCAGUUUGCCAGCCGUCUACCAGCCGCAAACAUGCACUGAAGUUUACGUCAUCGAGAAUAUCAUCACCACCGUCUAAACAUCCUCUGCAACGGUCGGCCAUUGAUUCAGUUUUUUCAACAUGGACCACGUACAAAACAAAUCCAAUAUCUUGAUAAUCUUCGUUUAAUGUAUACCAUGUAUACUAAUGUUUAUGAAACUUUUUAGAUUGUGUUGGUUUAAUCCUACUACACUCAUGAAAUAUUACUUAUGUCCAACCUACAACUUAAAGUAUUGUAAGAAAUUAGAAUGCGAAAUUGUGUUUAUUUAUUUAGUAAAGUGCAUGAUGUUUAAAGAUAUGCAUGUGUGCAAAUGAGAGAAAGUGUGCAUGAUGUAUGUUAGUUGUUAUAUCUUCCAAAAGGUUUAAAAACAGUAGUUUCGAGACAGAAUAAAUAGUAGCUAUAUUCAACAUUAUUAUAUAAAAAAACAAGAGUGUAUACCAAAAAAAAAAGCACAGCAUGUUGAAAAAAUAUUAUUAUGAGUCUCUUUAAAAUGGAGUACGGUAGUUAUAUAAACACAGGAAUAAUGAAUUUCCGUCAGGAAAGAGACUUCCCGUAUUGCUUAUGGACAUACUUUCUCACACCCAUUUAUAAACACAUAUUUCACAAUGUAAUAUUGCACAAUUGGCAUAGGAUGUAAUAUGAAUCACUGUAGUGGCGGCACUAGUAACGGAUUCCCCAACAAGUUGUCUAAGAUUCCCAAAAAUAGGGAUAACUACCACCAUAGGUAUAGGCGCUGGGUGUGAGAACAUUUUAAGAAUAGGCACCUCUGAUGCCGGGAAAUGGUACGCAGACUUAAAAGUGCUUCAACAAAGCAGUGUUCUCCGACAGGUCUCCAUGUUUCUCCAACCGGUGGUCAUGUAGCCCCCUUCCUCCGGACACUCACUGGCGCCGCCGCUUGACUCAGUGUAUAACCAAGAAGAUAUUUUACUCUUAGAAUUAAUAUUGGUAUCAUUAUUUAUGAGAUGAUCAGAUUUAUCAGUUCAAACGGUUAAGUCAUCGUUAACAGUAUGUUUUUUAUUUAUCUUUUUUUAAUUAAUGCGAGUGAGAUAAAAGUAUGCAUGAGUUAUGUAGGUCUGUGUUGUUUCUCCAAAGCUUUACAAACCGUAACUUCUAUUUGUACUUCAUAUGUACAAACUUAAACGUAUUUUGAAAUAUUGUCUUCACACAUAAUUAUCAAACGCAGAUAAGGGAUCUGCUUGGGAAAAAAAUACUGGGGUACAAUGAUCAGAAAGUGUAGAGUGUAUGCAACUGUUGGUGAUUGUUAUUUAUAAAAAGUGUUGAGUUGUUUUUUUUUGUUUGUUAUUAAGUACUGUGCGAGUUAAAAAAAAAAUACUAGGUGCUACGAUUAAAUACGUCUAUGGUGCAGUAAUGUUACAUUCAAUGAAAACGAGUGCGUAUGUAACAUUUUCGUAUAUUUUGUAUUUAUAGAUAAAUGGUUCUAAUACACAACAGAAGUGAUUGUUUACCACUAUCGUAUGUUCAAUUAAAAUACGUUUUUGUUAAAGGAACUUUAUAUUUCUUUUUCUGGCGACUUAGUAAUCGAUUUCUAAUUUGUCAUAAACAAAAAAUUGUUCGUAGCCUACUAAAAUAACUUUUUUGGCUAAGUAUAUUUUGAGCGUAAUAUAAAAUAUCAUUCUUUACUCCAACACUGUGGUUUUGUGAAAGUUAUGUUAAGUUUAAAAUAGACAACUCCAAAGAAUUAUAUCGUUUAAAUAUUCCCUGUUUUUGGAUAGACUGAUGAACAACAGUACAUUGCGUUUAGUAAUUUUUGUUUGAAUAACUUGUUUGCCGAAUAUGUGUGCUUUCUUAAGUAUUUUUAUUUUGUUUCUCAAGUGUUUUCUUUGAUAUUUUGUACUGUUUAUUUAGUUUGGUUCUUCCAGACAGUGUGUUCAAUACAUCGAUUAACUUGUUUUAAAGUUAUUCUAGAUAGUAGGUCUAGUUUUGUUGAACGGACCUGCAAGGUUUACAAGUUGAUGCAAUAAAAGGGGAUAGUAAAAUA